UUGCUUUACUUGUUUUGAGCAUUCAAGUCAAAAGAGUCAGUCAAGCAAAAUCCCUCUCUCUAUUCUCAGUCUCUCCCUACCCCACUGGAAAGUGAAAUAACACACACAUUGUCUCCUUAGAUUCCUUUCUUUUCUAUUUCAAAAAUCCUUCACUCUCUCUCUCUCUCUCUCUCUCUCUCAUUUCCAAAAUCAGUUACUGGGGCAGCCUAUGUUUCUUUUGUCAGGAUUCUCUUGGGCUGCAACAAAGGACUAGAAACAAAAUAUUAAUGAAAUGCCCCACAAUAAGAAAGAAAGAACCUGAAUUCCUCUCUCUCUCUCUCUCUCUUUCCACAUAUCAAUAAAAGAGAAGAAACCAGAAUCUCUUUCACUUCUCAGCUCUUUUCUCUUUUUCUCUCUUUACUCUGUAUACCCACCAUUUUUAACGAGCUAAAAACCCCCCCCUCUGAUUUGCUUUCUCAUAUGAGGACAGUCAUGUCAAAGAGCCUUCAAGAAUCCUCCUCCAAAAGACACUUCCACUGGACAAAGAAGGUUGGGAAUGAAGAAGAAGAAGAAGAUCAUGACCAAAUUCCAACCCUCAAAUCCAUUUCCACCUCAAAGUCCACAGAGGAAGAGAAGAAAGACCAUCAAAAUGUCGAGACCCAACAACCAGAGCCUGCUGUAGUUUCGACUUCUCAAUCAGUACCAAAGAGGAGCAAGCUUCAGUCAGUAGCGGUUUCCAGGCUCCGAUCCGUGCUUACAGCCUUCGGUAGGAAUCGAUCGAGCUUGCCAAACGGUCUUGGGCCUCGAGUAGUGGGUACCCUUUUCGGGUCUCGGCGUGGUCAUGUGCAUUUUGCAUUCCAAAGGGAUCCAAAUUCACAACCAGCAUUUCUGAUUGAGCUUGCAACACCAAUUAGUGGGUUGGUUAGAGAAAUGGCUUCUGGGCUUGUUAGAAUUGCUUUGGAAUGCGAUAAGGAGAAAGCGGAUCAGGAAGAUAGUAAGAAAACAGUGAGAUUGCUAGAAGAGCCUGUGUGGAGGACUUAUUGCAAUGGUAAAAAAUGUGGGUUUGCUACAAGAAGGGAAUGUGGUCCAAAAGAGUGGAAAGUGUUGAAAGCUGUGGAACCGAUUUCAAUGGGUGCUGGAGUUUUGCCUGGGAAUGAAGCUGAAGCUGGGUCCGAUGGUGAAGUUAUGUAUAUGAGAGCUAAGUUUGAGAGAAUUGUUGGGUCUAGAGAUUCUGAAGCUUUUUACAUGAUGAACCCUGAUAGCAAUGGAGCUCCUGAACUUAGUGUUUAUUUGCUUAGAGUCUAAAUUAAUUAUGGGAGAAGAACAAAAGUUGCUCAAAUUACCAUAUUUGUGCAUUUGAGAAUUUUGAAGAGUUAAAAUGGGUGAUUCCUGUUUAAGCUCUUCAAGUGCAAAAAUGGAGGCCUUUAGUUCUGUCCAAGUACUUUUUUUUUUUUUCUUUUUUUUUUUUUCUUUUUCUUUUACUUUCUUUUCCCUUUGGUAUAUGUGGAGAAAAUGGUUAGUGGGGUUAUUUGUAUUUUGUUAGUUUAGGUGGGUGGGCAAUACAUUAUAACAUGAUGGCUGGUGGGGUUAUGAAGGUGUAUAUCUAUAGUUUUUUGUUUCAAUCCUUUAUUAAGCAAUGAUCAGACAAAGAGGCUAAUGCAAUCAUGCUUGUCUAUGCA